CUGACGGAGUUUUGAGAAUGAACCUGGGUGCGGUGGACCAAGUGGGCACCGCGGGUCGUCGCGGUCCUGGAGCCGGGACGCGGUUCAGGGGAGGGAGCUCCGUUUCCCGGCCGUAUGGGGCUGGGGGCGGGUCCCCGGGCGCCCACGUGCUCCUGAUGGAACUCAGGAGCCCCGAGGGCUAACGCCCUUCCUGGGCUUUGCUUCCAGGUUCAAAGAAGAGAGGCACAUGGAAGGUGUUGCCUCGGCCUUGGCCUUUGGCCCCGAAGCCCUGAAGGCUCACAGCUCCAAAGAGGGCCUGGUGGGGACAGGCGGUGAGCCUCCUGCUGCUGAGGACCCUGGGGAACAGGGGAGCUCCUCCUCCUUCCCCAAAAGGGACCUGGCAUCGGCCCGGGAGAUGGAGGACGAGGAGUCCGAGGGCCCCCUGAAGGAGCAGGACCUGAAGGAGGCCUACAUCCGGCUCGUCCAGGGCACUCAGGAAUGGCAGGAUGGUUGUACCUACCGGGGCGAGUUCGGGCUGCGAACGAAGCUUGGGUUUGGCGAAUUCUCCUGGCCCACGGGGCAGACAUACCGUGGGCAUUUCUACCGUGAUCACCGCCAUGGCUCAGGCACCUAUACUUGGCCGGACGGCUCCAGCUUCACCGGCACGUUCUACCUCAGCCACCGAGAAGGCUUCGGCACCAUGUACCUGAAGUCGAGCCUCUUUCAGGGGCUGUACAAGGCAGACCGGCGGUUCGGCCCGGGCGUGGAGACCUACCCCGACGGCAGCCAAGACGUAGGGCUGUGGUUCCAUGAGCACCUCAUUAAGCUGUGCUCGGAGAUGCCCGGCAGCUUCUCCCUGCUCAGCUACCCCAAGUUGGCCCCCUUCCUCACGCACAACCCCACCAAGCUCAGUCUCUUGGACGAUGAGAAGAUGGAGUGGGACCUGGAUGAGGGCCAGGACCCCUUCUUCUACGAGUAUAAGCGGUUCCUUCUGAAUGACGACCUCACGCUGCCCCCUGACAUGCAUGUCUACUCCACCGACAAUGGCCACCUGCCCAUGACCUACUCCUUCCGCAAGGACUUGGAUGCUCGGCUCUUCAUGGAUGAUAUUCCGCCCUUCGUGGAGGACGGAGAGCCCUGGUUCAUCACGAAUGAGACCCCUUUGAUGGUCAGAAUCCAGAGGCAGACGUACAAAUUUAGGAACAAGAAGGCCUACACCAGCUGGAACAUGGCCGCCAUCAUGCAGGGUGACCGCAGUGGCUUCGCACGCUGCGGGCCCAGGGAGCGCCUGGCCAAGGAGAUGAUCCUGAGGGCCGAGGACGGAGACUAUGUCUGGAUCUACAAGAUCUUGCGGGCCAACCUGGUGAAUGCCGACGUGGCUGACGCCAAGGGCUACACCGUGCUCGCUGCGGCCACUGUCCACUGCCACAUGCAGAUCAUCAGCCUCCUGCUGGACAGCGGGGCUGAUGUGAACAAGUGCUCGGAUGAGGGCCUCACCCCACUCAGCAUGUCGUUCCUCCUCUACUACCCUGCUGGGUCCUUCAAGCCCAACAUCGCCGAGAGGACCAUGCCAGAUCCCCAGGAAGUGAUGGUAAGAGCUCCAGUUCUGCCGAGCUUCUCCUUCCUGCCAGCUGAGGGCGCCACAGAGACUCUCUACUGUGAUGAGCGUGUCUUCCUGAGCCAGAGUUACCAGGACCUGAAGCCGGUGGUGGCGGGCGGUGAGGACAGCCCUGCCCCUCAGAAACUCCACCAGCUGUCCGGGGAGUCGGCUGAUGUGAAGAGCGUGUCCCAGAGGGCGGGCUCCGUGCAGGGCAAGAGCAGCAAUUCGGAGUUGCUGCAAGGGCCGGACGACGCUUUGGGGAACACGGACAAGUGCACCCAGUGCAGCAACAAUACCUCCUUUGAUUCCAACCUCUGCGUCCGUAGCUUCUCCAUUCAGCUCUCGCUCGACCUCCUGGAGCAGAGUGCCCAAGCCUACACCUUGCUCAAGGCCCCCUGCUUGGGCGACAGCAGCUCCGAGAAGGUGACCUUGGAUGCCAGCAGCUCCAACAAGGGGACCAUGCGGAAAAUGGCACUGUGCAUGAUUGAACACAGAAAGAGGUGGCAGACCAUCCAGCUGCUGCUGCACCGAGGCGCUGACCCCAACCUGGGCCGCGUGCCCAUGCAGGUCCUGUUCUUCGCCGUGAAGGCCGCGGACGUGGAUGGCGUGAAGCUGCUGCUGGAGAACGGGGCGCGGACUGACAUCCAGCUCCCCCCGCAGCUGCGGUCCCUGACCCCCCUCCACAUCGCCGCUGCCCUCCCUGGGGCGGAGGGUGUCCGGAUAACAGAGCUGCUGCUCCACGCCAUCACUGACGUGGAUGCCCAGGCGGCCGACCAGGAUGAAGUGUACCAGCCAUGCAGGGUGGACCUGCUGUCAUCCUCAUCUCUGAAGCUCAACAAUGAGCCGGGCCCACCCAGCAUCUACUAUACGCAGCGCGCAGCGCCCCCUGAGGGUGGCCGGACCGCACUGCAUGUGGCCUGCGAGCGUGAGGACGACCACGAGUGUGCCAGGGACAUAGUCAGACUCCUCCUUUCCCACAGAGCGAAUCCCAACACGCUGUGGAGUGGCCACUCUCCACUCUCCCUGUCCAUCGUCAGUGGUAAUGACCUGAUCGUGAGGGAGCUUCUGUCCCAUGGAGCUGACCCAAACCUGCCCCUGACCAAGGGCUUGGGCAAUGCCCUGUGUAUGGCCUGCGACCUGACUUAUGAGCACCAGCGGAGCACAGACAGCAAGCUGUCCCUGAUUGACCGUCUCAUCAGUUAUGGGGCUGACAUCCUGAACCCCGUGACGCUCAUGCAGGGGGACAAGGUUGCCGUGGGCACGGCUGUCGACUAUGGAUUCUUCAAGUUCUUCCAGGACCGAAAGAUUGCCCACUGCCCGUUCCACGCGCUGCUGCCGGCGGAGCGGGAGACGUUCCUGGCCCGGAAGAGGCUCCUGGAGUACAUGGGCUUCCAGCUGCGCCGCGCCGUCUUCACCAAGGAGAGCCAGUGGGACCAGAAGCUGCUGUACCUGAGCAAGAGAGCGGAGCUGGCCCCCAACCACAGGCUGAAGAAGAGAUGUUCGUUGCCCUACAAGUGUCCGGACGGGGAGGAGUCAGAGGCGAUCCCUUUCUUCAAGUUCUGCUACCAGUGUGGCCGCUCCAUUGGGGUGCGCCUCUCGCCCUGCACCCGCUGCUACAGCAUCCUGACCUGUAGCAAGUUCUGCAAGACCAGAGCCUGGAACGAGUUCCACAAGCGGGACUGCGGUGCUGCCAUGCUCAUGAGGUCCCUGCAUGCCGGGGGUGUCCUAGGGGCGAUGGAGCUGUGA